AUGGAAAGCCCUCCGUCUUCCCUGAAAUUCCACCUGGGACUUAUCCUCUUUGGUCACUUGAUCAAACCCAUCUUCUUCCUGCUUUGUGCGAAUACCUCUCAUCAUCACUGUCAGAGGGGGCAUGGAAAGCCCUCCGUCUUCCCUGAAAUUCUACCUGGGACUUGUCCUCUUUGGUCACUUCAUCAAACCUGUCUCCUUCCUGCUUUUGUGAAUACCUCUCAUCAUCACUGUCAGGAGGGGCAUGGAAAGCCCUCCGUCUUCCCUGAAAUUCUACCUGGGACUUAUCCUCUUUGGUCACCUCAUCAAACCCGUCUCCUUCCUGCUUUGAAAAGAAUACCUCUCAUCAUCACUGUCAGAGGGGCAUGGAAAGCCCUCCAGGGGCAUGGAAAGCCCUCCGUCUUCCCUGAAAUUCCACCUGGGACUUAUCCUCUUUGGUCACCUGAUCAAACCCGUCUCCUUCCUGCUUUGUGCGAAUACCUCUCAUCAUCACUGUCAGAGGGGCAUGGAAAGCCCUCCGUCUUCCCUGAAAUUCCACCUGGGACUUAUCCUCUUUGGUCACCUGAUCAAACCCGUCUCCUUCCUGCUUUGUGCGAAUACCUCUCAUCAUCACUGUCAGAGGGGCAUGGAAAGCCUCUCCCUGUCCUUCCCUUGGUUUGUGCGAAUUCUCUCAUCACUAGGGGCAGAAAGCCCUCCGUCUUCCCUGAAAUUCCACCUGGGACUUAUCCUCUUUGUUCACCCACAUCAAACCCGUCUCCCUUCCUGGUUUUGCGAAUACCUCUCAUCAUCACUAUCAGAGGGGCAUGGAAAGCCCUCUUCCCUCGAAAUUCCCCUGACUUAUCCUUUGUGAAUACCUCUAUCAUCACUGUCAGAGGGCAUGGAAGCCCUGGUCUUCCUUUCUACCUGGGACUUAUCGUCUUUGGGUCACUUCAUCAAACCCGUCUCCUUCCUGCUUUGUGUGAAUACCUAUCAUCAUCACUGUCAGAGGGCAUGGAAAGCCCUCCUUCUUCCCUGAAAUUCCACCUGGGACUUCUCUUUGGUCACCUGAAAAUCCAUCUCCUUCCUUGUUGUGGACUUAUCCAUCACUUUCAGAGGGCAUGGAAAGCCUCCGAUUCAAAUUCCACCUGGGACUUAUCCUCUUCCUUCAUCAAACCCGUCUUUUCCUGCAAAGGAAUACCUCUCAUCAUCACUGUCAGAGGGGCAUGGAAAGCCCUCCGUCUUCCCCUGAAAUUCCACCUGGGACUUAUCCUCUUUGGUCACCUUCAUCAAACCUGUCUCCUUCCUGCUUUGUGCGAAUACCUCAUCAUCAUCACUGUCAGAGGGGCAUGGAAAGCCUCCGUCUUCCCUGAAAUUCCACCUGGGACUUAUCCUCUUUGGUCACUUCAUCAAACCCGUCUCCUUCCUGCUUUGUGCGAAUACCUCUCAUCAUCACUGUCAGAGGGGCAUGGAAAGCUCUCCGUCUUCCCUGAAAUUCCACCUGGGACUUAUCCUCUUUGGUCACCUGAUCAAACCCGUCUCCUUCCUGCUUUGUGCGAAUACCUCUCAUCAUCACUGUCAGAGGGGCAUGGAAACCUCCGUCUUCCUGAAAUUCUACCUGGGACUUAUCCUCUUUGGUCACUUCAUCAAACCCGUCUCUUCCUGCUUUGUGCGAAUACCCUCUCAUCAUCACUGUCAGAGGGCAUGGAAAGCCUCCAGGGGCAUGGAAAGCCCUCCGUCUUCCUGAAAUUCUACCUGGGACUUAUCCUUUUGGUCACCUCCAUCAAACCCGUCUCCCUUCCUGGUUUGUGCGAAUACCUCUUCAUCAUCACAUCAGAGGGGCAUGGAAACUCCUCCGUCUUCCCUGAAAUUCUACCUGGGACUUAUCCUCUUGGUCACUUCAUCAAACCCCGGUCUCCUUCCUGCUUUGUGCGAAUACCUCUCAUCAUCACUGUCAGAGGGGCAUGGAAAGCCUCCGUCUUCCCCUCUUCCCCCUGGGACUUAUCCGCUGAGGGGCAUGGAAAUCUCUCCGUCUUCCCUGAAAUUCCAAAUUAUCCUUUGGUCACUUCGAUCCAACCGUCUCUUCCUGCUUUGUGCGAAUACCUCAUCAUCAUCACUGUCAGAGGGGCAUGGAAAGCUCUCCGUCUUCCCCCUGAAAUUCUACCUGGGACUUAUCCAACUUGGUCACUUGAUCAAACCCCAUCUCCUUCCUGGUUUUGUGCGAAUACCUCAUCAUCAUCACUGUCAGAGGGCAUCCGCUUUGGUCACCUGAAGCCGUCUCCUUCCGUCUUCCCUGAAAUUCUACCUGGUACUUAUCCGCUUUGGUCACUUCAUCAAACCCGUCUCCUUCCUGCUUUGUGCGAAUACCUCUCAUCAUCACUGUCAGAGGGGCAUGGAAAGUCCUCCGUCUUCCCUGAAAUUCCACCUGGGACUUAUCCACUUUGGUCACCUGAUCAAACCCGUCUCCUUCCUGCUUUGUGCGAAUACCUCUCAUCAUCACUGUCAGAGGGGCAUGGAAAGCCCUCCGUCUUCCCUGAAAUUCCACCUGGGACUUAUCCUCUUUGGUCACUUCAUCAAACCCGUCUCCUUCCUGCUUUGUGCGAAUACCUCUCAUCAUCACUGUCAGAGGGGCAUGGAAAGCCCUCCGUCUUCCCUGAAAUUCCACCUGGGACUUAUCCUCUUUGGUCACCUGAUCAAACCCGUCCCCUUCCUGCUUUGUGCGAAUACCUCUCAUCAUCACUGUCAGAGGGCCAUGGAAAGACUUCCGUCUUCCCUGAAAUUCCACCUGGGACUUAUUCCAUCCUCUUGUCACCUGAUCAAACCCAUCUCCUUCCUGUCUUUGGGCAGAAUACCUCCGUCUUCAUCAUCACUGUCAGAGGGGCAUGGAAAUCUCCCCUUCCUGAAAUUCAUCACUGGCAUUCCUGCUUUGUUAAACCCUCCGUCUUCCCUGAAAUUCUUACCUGGGACUUAUCCUCUUUGGUCACUUCAUCAAACCCGCUCUCCUUCCUGCUUUGUGCGAAUACCUCUCAUCAUCACUGUCAGAGGGGCGAAAGCCCUCCGUCUUCCCUGAAAUUCUACCUGGGACUUAUCCUCUUUGGUCACCUGAUCAAACCCCGUCUCUCCUUCCUGCUUUGUGCGAAUACCUCUCAUCAUCACUGUCAGAGGGGGCAUGGAAAGCCCUCCGUCUUCCUGAAAUUCCACCUGGGACUUAUCCUCUUUUGGUCACCUGAUCAAACCCGUCUCCUUCCUGCUUUGUGCGAAUACCUCUCAUCAUCACUAUCAGAGGGGCAUGGAAGCCCUCCGUCUUCCCCAAAAUUCCACCUGGGACUUAUCCUCUUUGGUCACCUGAUCAAACCCGUCUCCUUCCUGGUUUGUGCGAAUACCUCUCAUCACUAUCAGGAAAGGUCAAAUCCACCUGGGACUUAUCCCCUUAGUCCUCCGUCUUCCCUGUUCAAACCCGUCUCCUUCCUGCUUUGUUGCGAAUACCUCUCAUCAUCACUAUCAGAGGGGCAUGGAAAGCCCUCCGUCUUCCCUGAAAUUCUACCUGGGACUUAUCCUCUUUGGUCACUUCAUCAAACCCGUCUCCUUCCUGCUUUGUGCGAAUACCUAUCAUCAUCACUGUCAGAGAGGCAUGGAAACUCCUCCGUCUUCCCUGAAAUUCUACCUGGGACUUAUCCUCUUUGGUCACUUCAUCAAACCUGUCUCCUUCCUGCUUUGUGCAAUACCUCUCAUCAUCACUGUCAGAGGGGCAUGGGAAAGCCCUCCGUCUUCCUGAAAUUCCACCUGACUUAUCCUCUUUGUCACUUCAUCAAACCCGUCUCCUUCCUGCUUUUGUGCGAAUACCUCUCAUCAUCACUAGGGGCAUGGAAAGCCCUCCGUCUUCCUGAAAUUCUACCUGGGACUUAUCCUCUUUGGUCACUUCAUCAAACCCGUCUCCUUCCUGCUUUGUGCGAAUACCUCUCAUCAUCACUGUCAGAGGGGGGACAUGGAAAGUCCCCUCCGUCUUCCCUGAAAUUCCACCUGGGACUUAUCCUCUUUGGUCACCUGAUCAAACCUGUCUCCUUCCUGCUUUGUGCGAAUACCUCUCAUCAUCACUGUCAGAGGGGCAUGGAAAGCCCUCCGUCUUCCCUGAAAUUCCACCUGGGAAUUAUCCUCUUUGGUCACUUCAUCAAACCUCUCAUCAUCCUCAGAGGCUUCCUUCCUAGUACCUGGGACUUCCUCUUUGGUCACCUCAUCAAACCCGUCUCCUUCCUGCAUCAUCACUGUCAGAGGGGCAUGGAAAGCCCUCCGUCUUCCCUGAAAUUCCACCUGGGACUUAUCCUCUUUGGUCACUUGAUCAAACCCAUCCUUCCUGUUUGUGCAAUACCUCUCAUCAUCACUGUCAAUGGAAAGCCCUCCGUCUUCCCCUGA